AUGAAAACAGGUAGCAGGAAGGUUGUUGAUGACAGCGACGAGGAGGAAGAUGCAGCACCUGUGAAACCAUUCACCGCCAAAGCCAAGCCAAAGAGCCAACCAAAGCCCGAAGAGACUAAAGAUGAGCCAACGACUUCCUCUGACUACUUUGCCUCCACCAAAAAGAGGGGAAGGCCCGCCAAAGCCCCAGAACCGCCCAAGCCAGACCAUUCCCAGGAAGAUACCGCUAGCGCAAAGCCCAAGAAGGCCGCCGAGGAACCAGCGAAAAGCAAGAAGAGCACAUCUCGCGCCUCAGCAAAGAAGGACACCAAAGUCAUCGAAGAUGAAACCCUUGGCGACAACGACAUAUUUGCAUCAGAGUAUGGAAAGGUCGGCAAAGGAGACGACGAAUAUGUUGCCGGUGGGGAUAGUGAUGACGGCAGCGACUUUGAAGUCCUUGAGGUGAAGCCUGCCGCUGCAAAGCCCAAACGAGGGCCAGCAAAGAAGACUUCCCGCAGCGACGAAGAUGAGGAUGUAGUGAUGGAAGAUCUUCCGAAGAUCUCUGCCCCGAAAGCUCCGCCGGGUCGCAAACGCAAGUCGGAAGCUCUCAUCGACGAGGACGAAGACGAGGAUUUUGAAGCGCCAAAAAAGCAAACCAAAAAAGCUGCAGCGAAACCGAAAUCCACCGCGUCGCCCGCUGCAAAGAAGCCAAAGGCUAGCCCAACAAAAGGCAAGAAAGAGGACAAGGUUGAAAGCAAGGAGAUCCAGGACAUCUUUGACAGCAUUCCAACGAUCGAUGCCCCGGAGCCACCUCAGGGAGAGGCUAAAAAAUGGAAGUUUGGACAGCAACAGUCCCGGGAUCCAGAAAUGGCUGGGACUAAGGAGUUGCCCACCGGAGAGGAAAAUUGUCUCGCAGGGCUUUCGUUUGUUUUCACGGGUGUUUUGGAAUCUCUCGGCCGUGACGAGGGAUCUCAGUUGGUGAAGAAGUACGGUGGCAAGGUCGUUGGAGCACCUAGUUCCAAGACGAGCUAUGUUGUUCUGGGCGGCGAUGCCGGUCCAAAGAAGCUCGAGACUAUUGCAAAGCACAAGCUCAAGACCAUCAACGAGGAUGGUCUCUUUGAAUUGAUUAAGAGACUGCCUGCCAACGGUGGUGAUGGAAAGGCUGCCGAGAAGUAUGCAGAGAAGCAACGCGCCGACGAGGAGAAGGUCCGGGCUAUGGCCGCCGAGAUCGAUGCUGAAGAGAAACGCAAGGCUGCAGCGGCAAAGCCUGCCAAGACCUCCCAAGCACCUAAGUCUGCUUCAACUGCGCAGCAAACACCAUCCAGCUCACAGCCUGUGUCACCCGGUGAUCUCUGGACCACAAAAUAUGCGCCAACUUCGACCAGUAUGAUCUGCGGUAACAAGGCCCCCGUCGAGAAGCUACAAAACUGGCUGCGCAACUGGCAUCGUAAUGCAAAGCUGGAUUUCAAGAAGGGUGGUGCGGAUGGUUCCGGUACCUACCGAGCUGUGAUCAUGCACGGUGGCCCCGGAAUCGGCAAAACUACAGCGGCUCAUCUUGUGGCAAAGCUUGAGGGCUACGAUAUCGUGGAAACCAAUGCCAGCGACACCAGAAGCAAGAAGCUCGUCGAGACCUCCACGUUGGGCGUGCUUGAUACAACCUCUUUGCAAGGAUAUUUUGCCGCAGAAGGUAAACAGAUUGAGGGCGAAAAGAAGAAGCUUGUUCUUAUCAUGGAUGAGGUUGACGGUAUGUCUGCUGGAGACCGUGGUGGUGUGGGAGCUGUUGCUGCCAUCGUCAAGAAGACGAAGAUCCCUAUCAUCCUCAUUUGUAAUGAGCGACGGCUUCCGAAGAUGAAGCCGUUUGACAACAUCACGUUCGAAAUUCCCUUCAGGCGCCCGACAGCCGAUCAAAUCAGAGCCAGGCUAUCAACGAUCUGCUUCCGUGAAGGCCUCAAAAUUCCGCCUCCCGUACUCGACGGUCUUAUUGAAGGCACAAACGCCGACAUCCGGCAGGUCAUCAACAUGUUGUCUACAGCCAGACUGGACCAGCAAGGCCUUAAUUACGAGCAAGGAAAAGACAUGUCCAAAGCAUGGGAAAAGCAUAUCAUUCUCAAGCCUUGGGACAUUGUUAGCAAAAUUCUGAGCGCUCAGAUGUUUGCCCCAAGCUCCACCACUACUUUGAAUGACAAGAUCGCUCUCUACUUCAACGAUCACGAGUUCAGCUAUCUAAUGCUCCAGGAAAAUUACCUGAAGACCAAGCCCACGCUUGCGGGCAGGCACCAGGGCAAGGAACAGAAGCUGAAAGCGCUCGAAUUGAUGGACAACGCCGCUUCAGGGAUUAGUGAUGGUGACCUAGUCGACCGCAUGAUCCACGGAACUCAGCAGCAAUGGAGUCUCAUGCCCGUCCAUGCAGUAUUCAGCUUCGUGCGACCUGCUAGUUUCCAAUACGGAAACUUUAGCGAACGGGCUGGAUUCACUAGCUGGCUGGGUAACAACAGUAAACAAGGAAAAAUGUCACGAUACGUCAAGGAAAUCCAAGGCCACAUGCGUCUCCGCACCACAGGCAACAGGGACGAAAUUCGCCAGCAAUACUUGCCUCUGCUCCAAGAGAAGAUCAUCCGCCGCCUCAUGGAUGAGGGCAAAGAAAGCGUUGAAUCAGUUAUCGACCUCAUGGAUGAAUACUACCUUACUCGUGAAGACUUCGAUGCCAUGGUUGAACUGGGACUCGGCCCCAUGAACGAAUCUAAGAUCAAAAUCGAGACACAGACCAAGGCAACUUUCACACGUCUGUAUAACUCGCGCUCGCAUCCUAUGCCAUUCAUUAAGGCCAGCAAUGUCGUGGCGCCGAAGAAGGGGGCGAAGGAGAAGCCUGAUCUCGAAGAUGCUAUUGAGGAGUCUGAUGAGGAGGAAGUUGUGGAUGAGGUCAAGGAUGACGAGGAAGAGCUUGAUUUGAAGAAGGACAAGUAUGUUAGCUUGCCUAAGAAAAAGAAGGCGCCGGCCAAGGGCAAGAAGGCCAAGAAGGCGGAGGAUGACGACGAAGAGAAGCCAAAGAAAGGCCGUGGCAAGGCUAAGGCUAAAGCUUGA